AAACCAAUCACAGUGACUUCCUUCUCCCUCUCAAACAGGCAGACUGGAAACGUUCUGACUUCAGGCAGAAACUAAAUCCUUCAGCAGAGUCCCAGAACUUUGUUAGAUUAAGAAAAGCAACCAGCAGGUACAACACAAUGAAAUAUCAGCUGGUGCUUCUUUCUCUUCUGGCAGCAAUUAGCUUUGAUAAGGCUAAAGGAGCAGAUAAAGAGAUAAAUGUUCAGGAGAUUGCAGAUGGAAUCGAGCUGUCUUGUGGUGAUAAGGGUCAAGUUCAAGGAAAUGGCAAGAAUGGGACAGUGCUGAAAUUGGAAUACCGUGAUGAUGAAUCUGGAGAAUACUCUUGUUAUAGUGGCUCAAAAAUCUACGUAAAAUUUCGUACGUGCGACAACUGUGUAGAGCUUGACGCCCCCUCUAUUGUGGGCCUGGCAGUAGGAGACAUUGUGGCUACUGUUGUGGUUGGAGUAGCUGUCUAUCUCAUUGCUUCUCAAGCUCGGACUGGUCAAGUUAAACCCACCAAGAAAAGGUCUGACAAACAAAAUCUGAUUCAUAAUGAAGCACCCAGUGACCCCAGCUACCAGCCACUGACGUACAGGAGAGGAAAAGAUGAAUAUGAUGUACUCAACAAAAAGUAGAACGGAGGUCCAUGCUUACUCUCGACUGCAAGCAAACUUCUACCGGAGGAAACAACCGGCCCUGCUUCCUGAGUCUCCAUCAGGACGGUGUGAUAUGUGUACAACCUGUUCUGUCCUCAACUGAUGUAAUUUGCUGUGUUUAGCAUUGUCUUUGAAAACAAUUUCUAUUUGUCAUUUAUGAUGCUUUGAACAUGGGUCUCUUUCUGACCCUUUGGAUGAACUCAGUAUGUCAGCCAAUGGAAAAUAUUUAAUUCCAUGUUGAUUUUUGUAACUGAUGAAAAGCUUCUUAAGUUACGUUCAUGUUUCAAAGGUGGAAAGUUGGUAAAUUGGAACAUUUGAAAUUAAGUAAAUAUUUGUCGCUGGUCAAAUAAAGUGUACUAUUAUUGCUUAUACUUCAGUUGUUGAUUAUUAGACUGCAAGUUUUAAACAGGCUCAUUUAUGUUACAUUAUCUAUUCUGGUUUUAUUGCAUGUUUUUGUCUUUUUCGCAUUUUUGUUUCCUCAUGAAAGAUCAACAAAAAUAAUACAGGAUUGUGGAAGGAAAAUUAUGGAUGUUUUUCAAAAUAUUUUUUACAAAAAAAAAAAAAAAAUGUGUAUUUGUAUUCAGUCUUGCUGAGUCUCUUAUCCUGAGGUCUUUCCUACAAGUGUAUUUUGAUAUGUCUCCACCAGCUAGAAAGUAAAGUGGUUUGUCAUGUCGUGGAAGGUUUACUGAUGGGUUGAAAUCAUCCAGUUCUUGUAUGAUGGUUGGAAAAUGUUCUUUAAAAUUGUGAAAGCUUGUUUUUUUCCCCAAAAAAACUUUAUCCCUGAUCUGUCUGCUUCCCAACCCCACCCUCAAUCAGGAUAUUUCUUCAUUGUAUUUAAGAAACAAACAGCAAAUUGUUAUUGCUUUUGUCUACAUAUAUAGUGUAUUAAACCACAGUUUUUCAAACUA